GUUUCCGCCGGCCGCAGAAAAGAAUCAAAAGCCGUCCAUGUUGAAGAUCGUCUGCCAGACAUGUGCAUUCUGCAUCCACUCAAUGCCUGGCUUUGGUUAACGCUCUGUCUCACGCCCACAGUCAUCUAUCAGGUCACCCGCUGUCUCUCAGCCUGCGAGCUGGCCAACCUGCUUACCUGUCGCCUCUAUGAUCAUCACACUGACAACGCGGAGCUACCUUUUGGCCUGCCGGAGGGCGACUUCUUCAUGCCGGAUCGUGGCAGUGUCAGUCUUACUGAUAUUCCACCCUUGCACAGGUACUUUGAUCACCUCCCCAGAGAAAACCGACUGGUAUAUGACAAAUUUGAAACGCUAGAGGAAGAGCUUGUUCUGGAUGAGGCCAAGGGGGCCAGAGCGUCUGGGGAUUGCACAGCGACUGGCUACUUCGUGCCCGAUCCGAUCUAUCUGUUGGAGGCCACCACUACACUCAACGCCGUGGAUGCCGUGAAUCUGGAGCGUCUGGAGCUGUUGGGUGACUCCAUGCUGAAGUUCGCUGCCAGCCUCCUCGUCUACUCCUCUCUACCGCCCAGCGCUGACGAAGGUCAGCUCACCUACCUGCGUAUGGGUCACAUCAGCAAUGCCAACCUUCACCGUCUCUCUGUGGAGCUGGGCAUCUAUCACUACCUCUGGUCUUUCUCCUUUGAUCCGACCAAACACUACACCCCACCCGGUCGUGCCGCAGUGGAUGAGCCUUCGCGUAAGCUUUGGUCCUCCUCGGAGUCUUGGAACCUUCUCCUUCUCCCGCCUGACCGUCCGCUGGAUCCCGACCUAGUCUCAGAAGAUCAAGUUUCUAUGGAUCGACGUCACGCGGAAGUGGAAGUUCUUAUAGCAGAUAGUAUGCCGACCACAGGCCACAGCGCGAACUCCGGCGCCAAUGAGGUCGACACUCUAGCAGCUCAACUGGCCAAUCGUCUCACUCUCGUGCCCCUCUCGCAGACCCUGGUGUACAAGAAGAAUCAGUUGGCUGGUCUUGAGAGCAUUCUGGGCUACAAAUUUCGUCACAUGCGACUGCUCAUCCAGGCAAUCACUCAUGCGAGCUCGCUUUCCGCUCACGAUUGGGGCUGCUACCAACGACUUGAAUUCCUCGGAGAUGCCAUCCUCGACUUUGUGGUGACGCAGCGCAUAUUUGCAGAGCAUUCUACUUUCAAUCCAGGUGAGUUUUCUGGCCCACUGCUUAUUUCUGUCGUCCAUGUCUUUUAA